GUGUUUGUGUACUCCUCGGUUUCCAAUAGCACUGGAUAUGUGAAAUAACUGCUUAAUUAUGGCCAAUUGCCAUAAUAUGUCAAAGUAAAUAACUAGAAUUUAGAAUAAAAUGGUUCUCAAAGUCUUUGAAACUAUAUCACAAAAUCUCAUUCUUUAGUUUGUGUCAAACCCUUUAAUUAGAGAACAAACCCAAAAACCCAUUUUCCAUUUUUAUUUUUUUUUUAAAGAGCAAGGUGCGAGUUCAUACAUUAUUCAUAGCACUAAGGGCCAGCUGUUCCUCUAAAGCCUCUUCUGAAUCAGUCUCAAGGUGCCCGACCCUUUCCUCCUCUACAUGGGGUCAUCAUUUGAAUUCGGAUGGAGAAGGAGGAGGAAAAGAGCCACUUCAGGUCUCCACGCAGAGAGCAGACUGUGACAGCCUGAUGAUAAUCAAGGUAACAAGAUGGACUAGAAAUCUACGAGGUGGUUCGACCAAUCAGACUUCAUGAUCUUCCUAAAAAAGCUUUAGAGUCCACCAGGCCUGAUAGAGUGAAAUAUGCCAUGACUCUUGGUGGCAAACGAAUUGAAAUGCAUCUAGUAAAAAACACUGAAUUUAUAACUGAGGACUACACCGAGACUCAUUAUUUGAACAAUGGAACUCCUGUCGUGACUAAACCUGAGGAAAUGGAUCUCUGCUACUACCAGGGAAAGAUCAUGAAUGACUGGAACUCAGUGGUCAGCGUGAGCACCUGUGAUGGAUUGCGGGGUUAUUUCCAGACAGCAGAACAGAGGUUUAUUAUCGAGCCUUUGUCUGAAGACACUGAUGGUGACCAUGCAGUGAUGAAGUACGAAGAUGUGACUGGUUCUCCUUAUGUAUGUGGAGUCACCAACAAGACCCGGCACCCUAUUCCUGAAGGCUCUUCCCCUGGCAAAUCUAAAGCUCGCAUGUCAGGGCAAUUAAUGCUCCUGCAAAAGAAAUACAAUGAAGUCAUCCUUGUAGUGGACAACAGAAUGUAUGUGAAGAUGGACAAGAACAUCACCAAAGUGAGAGUGAAGAUCUUCGAUAUUCUCAACUUCGUUAACAUCGUGUAUAAACCAUUGAACACUUUUAUUGCUCUGGUCAGUCUGGAAAUUUGGACAGAUUCUGAUAAGAUAGCAGUGAAUACGUCAGCUGGUGAGACGCUGAAUGCGUUUACUAAGUGGAGAAAUGGCGUUCUGAUGAAGAAGAAGCAGCACGACAACGCACAUCUGAUCACUGAAAUCGACUUUGACGAGUUGACUGUGGGCCUGGCUUACGAUAGCAGCCUGUGCACGGACUUGUCUACCGGAGUCAUCAAGGACCAUGGUACACGAGCCAUAGCUGUAGGUGCCACCUUAGCACAUGAGAUUGGACAUAACCUGGGUAUGAACCACGAUAACAGCUCGUGUGCAUGUGCCGGGGCCAGCUGCAUCAUGAUUGCCUCUCUGAGCUACAACAUCCCACAACUCUUCAGCAGUUGCAGCCUGACCGACUACGAGCGGUUCCUGAACUCACGGAACCCUGAGUGUCUCCUCAAUAAACCCCAAGCCAAAGACGUCCUCCAGCCUGCAGUGUGCGGCAAUGGCUUCCAAGAGACUGGAGAAUUAUGCGACUGCGGGCCUGUGAAUGAAUGCACCAACCCGUGCUGCAAUGCCGCCACGUGCACACUCACAAAGGGCUCAGUGUGUGCAGAUGGAGAGUGUUGUCAGAACUGUAAGAUCGCUGCUGCCACCCAGAUGUGUCGUCCCAUGCGUGAUGAGUGUGACCUGCCUGAAUAUUGCACGGGAUAUUCAAGCUCGUGCCCCGAAGACGUCUUCGCCAUGAACGGUUUGCCGUGCAAGAACAGCACUGGCUACUGCUACAAUGGCCAGUGCCCAAAACGGGAUGACCAGUGCAUCAAAAUGUGGGGUUCAGGUGCCGUGGUAGGGGUUGAUUCCUGCUACAACCAGAACACAAGGGGAAUGUACUAUGCUUACUGUACACGACCCAGCAAUGACCAGUAUAUAGGGUGCCAGAAACAGGAUGUAAUGUGUGGGAAGCUUUUCUGUGACAAAGGCCAGACCAACCCAAUCUAUGGCAGGUUCGUCACGUUCAACACCUGUAAAGCCACUUUCUACAGCGACAGCACCAGAGAUUUUGGUCAAGUGGACACAGGAACUAAGUGUGGUGAGGGGAAGGUGUGUAGUAAGAACCAGUGCGUGAGUUUAGACGUCGUCUACAACACAGCCAACUGCAUAGCUAACUGCAAAGGCAAUAGGGUGUGUAAUCAUAAGCUGCAGUGCACUUGCGCACCUAACUGGCUUCCACCUUACUGUGUGAUGGCAGUCAACAGGUCUGAGUCAACAGAUAUAGGUAUGCAGAUAGGCAUUGCUGUGGCCAUCUUUAUCCUGUUGGGGUCUGUUGUAGUCGGGGUGGCCAUCUAUUGCAUCAAAUGUAGGAAGAAUCAAAGCAGUUCAACAAGUGCCAACUGAUCUCAAAAGUCUACUGUAAACGUCUAAUGCUUUUUUUCCUCCUCACCAGGACUGUGAAAUCCAGUCUAGGUGGGACGGUCAUUCAGAACACAACCAGCAGCCAGCACCAAACAGGAUUUCAUUGUUUACAGGUUUUCACAAAAAGUACUUGAAGAGAACUGAUGCUGUAAAAUGAUUGGUUAACUCUGUGAGAUCUACCUUGCUGCAAAGUUUGGUUUGAACUGUAAUCUGUUUCUACUUGACUACAUCCAGCAUUGCAUUACUUUGUACAAGACCUCAAACUACUGGAUCAGCUGUGCAAAAUGGUAGACCUGUAGAGCCAUGGCUGGUUAUAAAGACAAAGCACUUGAUAUUUAGAUAGUGAGGAUAAUUUGGCACAAGGGAGGUUCUUCAGUUUUCUCAAACAAAAGUAGUCUCUGUUGGCCUCUUCAAUUAUGCACAGGUAAUAUAAAUACACACAUUGUGUGCACUGUCUUUUAAAAAAAAAUUAAAAAGUGCAUCACAGCAUUAUUACGUUCUUGAAUCUUGAACCAUCUCAAACAUCACAAACCAGCUCGUCCAACAAUUGAAACUACAAACAAAUCAACCAAUGGAUAAAAUCAACAACCAACCAACUCAACCAUCCCAAACAACCAAACCAACAUAAAGCAACCAACCCAAGCAAAUCUAACACAUCAACCUAAAUCAGUCAAUCCAACCAAUGAAACAAACCAGCCAAACAGAUCAACCAAGCAAAAAAAAAAAAAGCAAAAGACCAAUAAACAGUGUAAACAACCCACCAAACAAACCAAUUCCCAACUAACCGAAUGAAUACAAACAAACCAAUACAAACCCAAACAUAACCAACUUAAACAGCAAACCACCCAAAACAACCCAAUUAAACCAGCCCAAGCCAACCAAUCCAAUCAAACAAACCCAAUCCAACCAAAUCAAACAAGCAAACCAACCAACCAAACUAACCCAAACCAAACAACCAACCCAGCAAACCCUCCAACUCAACCAUCCCUGCAAACCAAUCCAAACUAACAAACUUAAAAGAACCAACCCAAGCCAACUAUACCAACCCAAACUAAACAAAACCAACACAAGCCAAGCCAACCCAGACAACAAGCAAACCAAAUAAUCUCUCUGUCUCUCUCUCGCUCUUUCUUCCUUCUCGUUUCUUUUUUUGUCUCCAUACAAACACAUUUACUUUUGUUUUUCAAUCAGUUAUAUUAUAUAUUCUAUAUUCUAUAUUGUAUAUUCAAAUUAUAAAUCACUUCAUUCUAUGAAAGUUGCUGUUUUAUGGCAACUUUAUGGGCUCCAAGGGAAACUGUUUCUACUGAAUAAGUUCAGAAAACUAAAAACACUGGCCAUCUUGCUGGUGAUGCUGUAGGUCAUGCUGCAGGUUUGACACUAGAGGGCAGCAUAGUUUGCUAUAUUUUUCAGCUCAUAUGGUUGAAUGUGGUGUGGAAUUUAAUGACUGGGGCUUGACUUCAAAGAUGUGACAGUCAGUGACACAAUACAGCAUGUUGCCCUAUACAGUCUACUAUAUAUGGGAAAUUUUAAUGGUAUGUUUUUAGUGGAAGCUAUAUGCAGUUGAUUUUCGCAUGCAUCCUAAACAGCUGAAGGUCCUGUUUAGCUGCAUGUACAGUGGGUUUGUAAAGUGU